AACUCCAUAAAAUCAAAAGAAACCCGCUGCCGCGUUGCCAUAGCUGCUACCGAACUCAAAACUGCCCGGAAAACAACUUAGCUCCGUCACCAUUACUACCCAUACGGAUGGGGAAGUUGGGUAAGAAAGCGAGGAAGUUUGCAAAAAAGAAUUUACAAUCAGUUUUGAGAAACCAAAGAAAAUUAAAAUCGAAGUUCAAAAGAAAAGCUUCCAAAGGAGAUAGUCACGAGGAUGUUGAAGAAAUUCAACCGAGUGAUGUAACGAAUCCUUCAAAUACCGUUGCUGCAGAGAUUCAAGAUAUUUCACUUGAUGCUUUGUUUAGUGAAGAUGAUAGUGAGGUGCUUGUAGAAGAGGAUUCAGACAGUGAUGGAUAUCUUUCAGACGUUUCAAUGGACUCAAGUUGUGCACAUGCUAUUGGAAGUGAUGAUGAAAAUGAAAAUGAUAUUAAGAAUAGCAAUGGUGGUAGUUCAUUAUCAGCGGAAAAUGGGGAAAUUUUUGCACAACUUUUGAAGAAAGAAAAGAGGUUGAACAAAUUGAAAGAAAAGGAUCCAAGAUUUUCUAAAUUUUUGAAAAAAUAUGAUGUGGGCACUGGACAAGCUACCAACGAAGAAAUUGGUUCAGAUGACGAAAGAUUAGAUGAAGUGGAAAAAAUUCAUGGUGCUAAUGUAAGUACUCGGAUGGGUAAAAUGUUGACAAGUGCAUCCGUUGAUUCUUUGUCUAAACUGGUCAAAGAACAACAAAGUCUGUCUUCCCUUACUUGUCUCAUAAAUGCUUAUAGGGCGGCAUGCCACAGUGAUUUUGAAGCAACCAGUGUAAGCGGUUGUGUCAUAUCCCAUGGCAUUCAUAAGAGUGAAAAUUUCAGCACAUUAUUAAUGUUUAUGCUGCAUGAGGCUGAUCCUAUAUUUAGGAUGUUACUGGGAAUACCAAGCUCAAGUUCAAAGAAGGAAGCUGUUUUGGAUCUAAAGAAAUCAGCGAAAUGGUUAUCUCUUAGACCACUUAUUAAGUCAUACUUAAGGAGUACCAUAUUUCUCUUGAACCAGAUCAGUGACUCAGAGAUAUUAGCCUUCUCAAUAAGCCGACUCAGAGCUUCAAUAAUUUUUCUGACUGCGUUUCCAUCUUUACUGAACAAGCUUCUUAAGAUUUUUGUUGAUCUCUGGGCAACAGGUGAUAGGUCUUUGUCCUCACACUCCUUUCUUAUCAUACGAGAUAUAGCUUCUAUGUGCAGCUCUAAUUGGUUAGACAUCUGCUUUGUCAAAACAUAUAAGGCCUUCAUCGAUCGCUCUCCAUCUGAACAUACACAUUUUCUAAGGAAUUCCUUUGUGGAGCUAUGCUGUUUAGAUGUGCUGAAGUCAUCAAAUAAAGCAAUGAUAUGCACAAGGCGUCUUGGUGACAUAUUGCUGAAGGGGUGGCAAACAAAAAAGAAGGAGGUGGUUAAGAAAAUUUGUAGUUGGCAGUUCAUCAAUUGCAUUGAUCUCUGGGUUACAUUUAUAUCAGAAAACAUACGUGACUAUGAUCUUCAGCCAUUGCUUUAUAUGAUUGCUCAAAUUAUAAAUGGUGUUGCUCUCCUCUUUCCUGGGCCUAGAUAUUUGCCUCUGAGACUCAGAUGUAUCCAAUGGCUUAAUCAACUUGCUGGUUCUAGUGGGAUUUUCAUCCCUGUUACAUCAUUAGUGUUGGAUUUUCUAGAAUACAAUAUUACCAAGGAUGGUGGGAAACCUGGCAAUGUGUUUGAACCUUUGUCUACCAUAAAGCUUCCAAAGCAUUGGUUAAAAUCACGUGAAUUCCAAGAAGAGUGUGUCUCAUCUACCAUUGAACUUCUUUCUGAGCACUUUUCACAAUGGAGCUACCAUAUAUCUUUUCCCGAGCUGGCCACAGCUCCACUUAUCUACCUUAAGAAGAUAGUUGAGAGGACUUCUAUUGAGAGUUGCAGACGAGUUAUCAAGCGUUUCAUUGAUCAGGUUGAGAUGAAUAUUGAUUUUGUGCAAAAGAGAAGAGAUGAUGCUCCUUUCUCACCAAAGGAUCAGCUGAAUGUCGAAUCAUUUCUUCAGGCUGAGAAACGUAGUGGUAAUAAUCCAUUUACCCAAUACUACAAAAGCAUCAUACGCAAGGCUGCUUCAAGGAAAAUGGUUACAAAUAGGAAGUCUUUGGGCAAAGGGAAGAAGAAGCAGAAGAAGAAAACGCAGCAUUCAAAUGGCAAUGCAACUGAUUCUUGAAAGAAUUAACGUUUCUUGCUUUCAUGAAUUGGUUCUACUACUUUCUUGUCCAAUUUGUUGUACCCUACUUUAGGUUUUAAAAUUUAACGGCGUCGAAGACGAAUUUAGCUUCAUUCAUUGGACCUGAGAAGCUUCAAUUUUGAAAUAUUUAUUCUAGAGUAAGCCCCUUAGGGUUUUAAAGGAAAUGUAAUGCAAGAGGAUAAAAUUUUUGCUAAUGUCAAGGUGACAAAUGGGUUCAAAUUAUAUAGCAGGAUGUUUGCAUUACCCUCA